AACUGUCAGUUUGAUUUCGAAAGCCGGCCGCUAAACAACGAAACAGCUCAGAAACGUUGAAGAACUCAAGCAACAACAACAACACAACGACCGCAACCGAAUCGUUUUAUAGAACAAAGUGCAGCAGUAAAAUAUUAUUUGUUAAACACACAAAUUAAUUAAUUAAACGCGUUUCCACAAUGUCGUACCAUAAGCCCGAAGCUAAAGCUAUACAAGAAUUGAAGGAUAUUGCACAACGUUUGCGUAUUCAUUCCAUUACCUCAACUCAGGCUUCCAAAUCCGGACAUCCUACAUCAUGUUCCUCGAUUGCCGAAAUAAUGUCGGUAUUGUUUUUCAAUACCAUGCGUCUGAAUUUGAAAUUCCCCCGCGAUCCUUCCAGUGAUCGUUUUGUUUUGUCAAAGGGUCACGCUGCACCUAUUUUGUAUGCUGCCUGGGCAGAAGCUGGACUUUUCCCCGUAGAAGAGUUGCAAAAUUUGCGUAAAAUCGACAGUGAUUUGGAGGGUCAUCCUACGCCUCGUUUGAAUUUCAUUGAUGUUGGAACUGGCUCUUUGGGUCAGGGUGUUGCUGUUGCUGCCGGCAUGGCCUAUGUGGGUAAAAAUUUCGAUAAAGCUGAUUAUAGAACCUAUGUGGUGGUUGGAGACGGUGAGUCCGCUGAAGGUUCCAUCUGGGAAUCCCUGCAUUUCGCAGGUCAUUACAAAUUGGACAAUUUGUGCGUUGUCUUUGAUGUCAACCGUUUGGGUCAGUCGGAACCCACCUCUUUGCAGCAUCAAAUGGAUGUCUAUCGCAAACGUUUGGAGGCCUUCGGUUUCCAUGCCCUCGUUGUUGAUGGUCAUGAUGUAGAGGAAUUGUGCAAGGCUUUCUAUGAGGCAUCCUCAACUAAAAAUAAACCCACUGCCAUUAUUGCUAAGACUUUUAAGGGUAAAUUUUUCCCCAACAUCGAAGAUUUGGAUAACUGGCAUGGUAAACCAUUGGGCGAUAAAGCCAACGAAGUCAUUAAGCAUUUACAAGGCUUAAUGAUGGACUCCUCUGACAGGCCAGCAGCUUUGGCACCUCAAACACCCACCAAGAGCAAGCCUGCUCCCCCUGUGGAUAUUACCAAUGUUAAGUUGGCCUCUCCCCCGGCCUACAAACUAGGCGAGCAAGUGGCUACCCGUUUGGCUUAUGGCACUGCAUUGGCAAAGUUGGCCCAAAGUAAUGAUCGCGUCAUUGCAUUGGAUGGUGAUACCAAAAAUUCUACAUUCUCCGAUAAAUUAAAGAAAGCUUUCCCAGAACGUUACAUUGAGUGUUUCAUCGCUGAACAGAACCUUGUGGGAGUGGCCAUUGGAGCUGCUUGCCGUGACCGUACCAUAGCUUUUGCCUCAACAUUUGCCACUUUCUUUACUCGUGCUUUCGAUCAAAUUCGCAUGGGAGCCAUUUCGCAGACAAAUGUCAAUUUUGCCGGUUCUCAUUGUGGUGUGAGCAUUGGUGAGGAUGGUCCUUCACAGAUGGGUUUAGAAGAUGUUGCCAUGUUCCGUACUGUGCCUGGUAGCACUGUAUUCUAUCCUUCGGAUGCAGUAAGCUGUGAACGUGCUGUUGAAUUGGCUGCCAAUACCAAAGGUGUUUGCUUCAUUCGUACUUCACGCCCCAAUACAGCCGUUUUGUAUGACAACAAUGAACCUUUUGUUAUUGGCAAGGGUAAAGUGGUCAAACAAUCGGCCAACGAUCAAGUGCUAUUGAUUGGUGCCGGUGUGACUUUGUACGAGUGUUUGACUGCUGCUGCUGAACUGGAAAAAGCCGGCGUUCAUGCUCGCGUCAUUGAUCCAUUCACUGUUAAGCCAUUGGAUGCUGAUUUGAUUGUUGAACACGGUCGUGCUUGUGGGGGUCGUGUUGUAGUUGUAGAGGAUCACUACCAACAAGGUGGUUUGGGCGAAGCCGUUCUCUCUGCAUUGGCUACGCAUCGUGAUUUUGCCGUCAAACACUUGUAUGUGCCUGGUGUACCACGUUCCGGUCCACCCACAGUCCUUUUGGAUAUGUUUGGCGUUUCUGCUCGCCAUGUUGUGGAGGCAGCCAAUGCUGUUUUGAAAUUGUAAACUGGCACUGUCCACUGCCAAUGAAUCUAUUAAUAUUAUGCCAAUGUUACCCAUUAGGGUGACAUUAUACCCACAUCCCACUUAGAAUUUAUACAACAGAUACCCUUUAUCUUUAUCACUUUUGUAUGCAGUCUUUGUAUCUAUCUUUAGUGUUUUUUUCAUUUAAGUUUUUUUUUUUAUAACCUGGUUAUAAUGUAUUUAUGAUUGUUUUCCAACCAAAACUACAAAUCUUGAAGAUUUCAUUCCUAAAAUUUAUAUCUCUCAUAAUGCAUUUCAGCAUUUUUAUGGCAUUUUGUGAAGCGUUCUCGCAUUUUUUCAUUUUGUUAUUUGUACAAAUAUAAGAAACAAAUAUUCUUUUGUAAUGUUUUCUCAACAGACACACAUGCACCCACUUAUUUUUGAAAU